UAUUUAUAAUAAUAUCGUUUUAAAUGGUUAAAAGUUAAUUUGUUAGUUGGUUAAUUGAAAGUGCGAUCGGAUGAGAGCGGCUCAGUAUUUGCUGGGGUUCUGAUACCGUAAAUCAGUUUCGAGUGAAAGGCGAUGAACGAAGACGGCGACAAAGGUGGCGAAGUUUCGACGUCGACGUCAGACGCUCGAUCGAACAGCGUGCCGCUUCCUUUGAACGUGAUAAUUACGGAAAAGAAAAAUUCGACGUUGAGAGUAAGCAUCAGAAGGAGAUUGAGUUUGCCAGUGCAAAAAGUGCUCAAUAGAACUAGGAGUCUUAGGAUUAAAGACGUUGAUGGGUCCUCUGGUAACUUCGGGAGCGCGGGGGCCCGUUCAGCCCCUGGUACUCCCCAAGAACAAGUGCUAUGUAACACCCCUGGAAGCACUCUAUCACCUGACACACUUUCCAAUGCUUCUUCUCCCACGGUCACCACAAUCCAGAGCAGUCCAAGUCACGCACAAUUCACCAAAUGUGAUAAAGUUUCUCUAAAACAUUUAUCCACGUCGACGCCCGUAAUGACUGCGCAGGCGCAGGUCACGGAACCCCCUAGUCCUAAGACCACCAAAGAUCCCAAGAUUCACACCACCUCGAAAGCGCGACAGAAAAAAUUCCUACGCCAUUUUCCUAACGUCGAAGAGGACGAAAAAGUAUUAAAUCACUAUUCCUGUGCACUUAUAGGAGACAUUCUUCUGCAGGGCCAUCUCUAUAUCACCAAAAACUAUUUCGCCUUUUAUUCAAAUGUUUUUGGGUACGUCACAAAGCUUUUGAUACCUGUACUCACAGUUGAAGAUAUUACCAAAGAAAAAACAGCUAGAAUAAUACCUAAUGCAGUCGGCAUUGCCACUAGUGAAGACAAACAUAUUUUCGGUAGUUUGAUUUCAAGGGAUAAUACGUUGUUGUACAUGAGGACGGUGUGGCAAAAGGCAAAAAGUGCGUCACCUGUUAUUAUAGAGCCCGAAAUAGAGGAGCCUGAUUUAGAUUCUAGUGACUCCGUAGAAGCUGAAAGCGGUAGAGAUUCGCCUCCAAUAGAAAUAAAGCCUAAAUUUUCACUAGUAAAAAUAAUUCCAAAGGAUCGACUAAUGAGUGAAGUAGAUGGUUCCCAAUACGACAAAGAUUCUGGAGGAGGCUUAAUACGGACCCUUAAGGACGCCAUACUAGAAUUUAGAAAAUUACCCCGCCAAAGUCUCAUUCUGUGCGCGACAACCUUACUACUCAUCCUUCUCUUCUUCUCGGCCGGCGUGCUGCUCUAUCGAAUAAGCAAAAUCCAAAGUAAAUAUUCGAUGGUGCUGCAGGAGAACAUGAUCAAGGGCUCCAAGGACGUGUACAACGAUCUCCUGCAGUGGCAUUCGCAGAUGCACUCGAAAUCAGCGGGAGCCGUCAAUAAUUUUUUAGAUUCCAAUUUAGUUUUAAUUGCUCAGGUUAGACAGUCUUUGGAAGCUCUAUCCUCGAUCCUGGUACAAUCGGCAGCCAACCAGAAUGUUCAGGGCGACUCACAUACGAAACCCUUAGAAGCCAACACCAAAGAUAACAGUUAGCCCAUUAAAUCAGUCCUACAUUCAAGCAAACCUUUUGUCGUGAUCAUAUUUACUUACUGAGAAGAAUCGGAAAGAGAAGAACCUUAUCAGUAUUUUGAUAGAUUUUUAAAAGCUCUGCGAGUUUUAAUAAUGAAUAGGCCACAAGAAAGAUUUAACACAUUUUCAUAGGUAUAUUGCUAAACCAAGGUGGUAGGUUCAAUUUCUCAUCGUUACAGAAUUUAUUUUUAAUUUCAUGAAGAAGAAAAUAUUUUUAGAUUUAUUAAUUAAUUUUCCUGUAUUAUAUUUCAUAUAAUUCCAGUAUUAUAGUCCAAGUAUAUAUAGUUAAUCAAAAACUAGAAACAAUAUGUAAUCUUACCGAAUUUGAGUGGAAAACUGUGUAAUGUAUAAUUUUUUUUGUAACGAUUAGAAAUAAGAAAGCUGCCUAAUUGCCAAAUAUAUACAUGCCAUUAUUUAAAAGUUUAAUAUUAGUAGCAACGUUUUUGAAAAAUGAAAAAUAAUGUAAACUUAUAAUAAAUAGUUUUAGUUUAAAGAACAGCACUUUUUACAUUAUAUUUAGGCUCUUAUAAAGGUAUGUAGGAUUGGAUAAUGCCACAAGUUAAAACAAAAUUUAGGAUAUUUUCACUAAAUUGAAUCCCAGUUUUUGGAUUUUUAGAUAUAUAGCUAUAGGUACAAAGUAUUUAUUCCAUUUUUUUGUAACAUAUGUUGAGUUUUUAAUUAAAUAAAAUCGAAUUUAUAGAAUCUGUUUUGCUCAAAUAAAUAUGUAAAACAUUACCUCUUAACUUUAUAUUUUGUAAAGCGAGUUGGCAACGGUGUGCAUCCAAGUGACAAAUGACAAAGUAAACUGCUCAUAAGUACAUAUUUAAUGUUCCAAAUGCCAUACAAAACAAAAGCAAUCAAAAUAAUAAUGACAAGUGUCAAUUAUUCGUAAAAUGGAAAUUAGCAACAAAAAGCUCAAACUAUAAUACUACUCAGCUGUCACUUCUAAACUCUUAACCACUGAUCUGUGAUAACAUGAAGAUGAUGUAUGCUAUAUUUAGGCGGCCAUCUUUUCUAGGAGAAAUUUCUGAAAACAAACGCAAAAAAGGUUUCUAAAAGGUUUGCCGAUGUUGCCAAAUCACUCGGAAAUUUGAUAGAACGUUUAUUUGGCAAAACCGACCCUGUUUUCGAUUUUUAGUCUAUGAAGGCAGAAAAGUUAUUAUAAUAAAAUAUCAAAUUAACACAUUAUGUAAAGGAAUUGGACAAUAUUCAUCCUUUUAAGGUAUAUAUUUUUGAUCAACUUUCUAUAUUUAAAAAGAAAUUUGUCAAAGUUACAAAGUAGGUACAUGUGUAUCAAAAAAUAUGUUCCGUAUUUAGUACGAGUAUAAGAACAUAUCAGAG